AUGCUUUCCUCAACGGUCGUAGAACACGCUGCUCUCGGAUUCGCAUUCGCGGUUCUCUCACUGUUCGUGCUCGCGUUCGCCGUAAUUGCCGUCGUCUUGUUAACGAUUUCCCACUCGUGUUGGUAUAAAUGCGAUUUUCUAGAUUCCGAUGGUGAUCCGCUAAUGGAAGACUACAAUGCAUUGUUUGCCGAUAUUCCAAUUGUUUCGGACACCGACAUUCCGAUCGAUACCGUCGUCGGCUACACCCCGAAGCAUGCCGAAAUUGUGUAA